AUGUGCACCACAGUCUUAAACCUGGUUCCAGCCUGGCCCACCUGCUCCACGAGGAGGGACAACCCGACCUGGGGGAGUGAGUGUGUCCUCAUGGGCCUCUCCAGGGACAGGCAGACGCAGGCUGGGCCCUCUGUCCUGUUUGGGGCCGCCCAUCUGCUGACCCUGCUGGGCCACGGACUCAUCACCCUCCUGAUCGGGCUGGACGCCCGCCUCCACCUUCCCACGUACUUCUUCCUCGUCAACCUCUCCAUUGUGGACAUCUGCUACACCUCCAGUGGGGUCACCCAGAUGCUGGUGCACUUCCUCCUGGAGAAGACCAUCUCCUUCACCCAACGUGGAACCCAGCUCUUCUUCUCCCUGGCUGAGUUCCUGCUGCUGGCAGCAAUGGCCUGUGAUCGCUACGUGGCCGUCUGCGACCCCCUGCUCUACGUGGCAGUGAUGCGGCCAAGGCUCUGUGCAGGGCUGGCAGUGGUCUCCUGGCUCGUGGGUCUGGCUAAUGCUUCAGUGGAGACUGCGGUCACAGUGCGUCUGCCCCCCUGUGGGCACCACGUGCUGAACCAUGUGGCCUGUGAGACACUGGCACUCAUCAGGUUGGCGUGCGUGGACAUCACCCUCAACCAGGCGGUCACAGUGGCCUCCAGCAUGGUGGUGCUGCUGGCGCCCGGCUGCCUGGUCGCAUUGUCCAGCACCCACAUUGUGGCCACCAUCCUGCGGAUCCGCUCCAGCGGGGGCCACCACAAAGCCUUCGGGACCUGCGCCUCCCACUUCACUGUGGUCUCCGUGUCUUACGGGCCGGCCCUGGUUACCUACAUGCAGCCUGGCUCCACGGCCUCAGGCAAGCAGGACAAGGUGGUGGUGCUCUUUUACGCUGUGGUGACCCCCAUGUUGAAUCCACUCAUCUACAGUCUGAGGAGCAAGGAGAUGAAGGCUGCUCUGAGUCAGGCUCUGAUGAGGUGCUCUGAAUCGAAACAUUAG